GCACGAGUCUGCGUGAGAAAAGGGGGGUGUGGCGUGAGAGCGUGAGAAUUGCGUCAAUUGCGUGAGUCUCACGCUGAAUGCGUGAGAGUUGGCAGCCCUGAGCUUACGUCUUUUAAAUCUGGUCUGAAUAACACAAUUGAUCUCUAUCUGGCAAAAUACAUUCACUUUAUAAACUUGUUUUACUUUGAAACAUGAAAAUUUUAAAUUCAGAUGAGUUAAAAAUAGCGGAGACUACUUUAUAUGCACAUCUGCCUAAAUCCAUAAAGGUGUAUGGAUUUGUUUUUGCUAUGAAUAAAGGGAAACCACACACUUUGGAGGUAUUGGUGGAUACGUGGCCAGCUUUUACCACCAUCAUUGUUCAACCAGAUCCAAAUAAUAAUCGAGCAAAGGACUUUAGAAAGAAGGUGACUCUAUACAGCACUGAUGAGGAAGUCCUGAGAAGAAUGUUGACUGUGGAAAAUGCAGUUGACUGGAGCACAUACUUCCUACUAGGAGGAUGUGAUGUACGUCAUUCACCAAUGCUGAAGGAAAUUGCUGCUUCCUGGGGUAUCAAUAUGAAAGGGUAUACCUUGGUGCACCUUAUGACAUUAACUGAUCCCAAUCAUUUACCUGAGCUCAUUACCAGUGACCUUGAGCCCAGAAUGUCUGUCCUCAAUGAGUCACAUGCCGAUGUAGUUAACAACACUUGGAAAUUUGGUGGGGAUGACAAAGGUUAUAGGAACAUCCUGAAUCUCAUUAGGCAUUACCCCACAUUCUGCAUUACGGAUGAGAACAACCAGCCUGUGUCUUGGGUGCUGUUGUAUGAUUAUUGUGCCAUGGGGAUUUUGUACACUCAGCCAGAGCAUCGUGGGAAAGGCUAUGCCAAAGCCCUGAUCACCACAAUGGCAAAGAGGCUCCAUUCUCAGGGCUAUCCGGUGUACUGUUUUAUUGAAGAAUCCAAUCUGCUUUCCUACAAACUUUUUCAAAGCCUGGGUUUUACAGAGGACCCCUCUUAUAGGGCUGCCUGGUAUGAAUUCAGUUGUUAGUGUGUAUACUCAUCAGUACUCCUGUUUGAUAGGGGAAAAAAAAUCAUGAAAUCAAAAUGGACAAUUCUGGGGGUAUUUAUAUACCAGCCUUAAGAAGGUAAUAUUUAAAUGUUGUGAAAUAAAUCUCAAGACACUAUUAUUAUGCUUACAGAGAAAUACAAAAUGUUGUCAAAAUUUGUGUGGCUGCAGUAUCAUCUUAAUACAUAAUUUUGUAGGGAAUAUCUAUAAUAAUUUUCUUUGUAAGGUGGGAUUCUGUUUGCUAGGGUUAAGUUAGGUUUUUUUUCCUCCAAAGGUAAAAUUAGUUAACCCACUGGCACACCUUACUCCACAACUACCAUUUUUUAGAAGAAAACCAUAUAUUUGUAUUAUUUUUAGGUGGGCAAGGCCUACUUUUUACACAUUUAUCCAUGCAAUUUUGUUUAAUCCUAAAUUUAACUUAUGCAUAGAGUGUUUUCACAAUGGGUCUUCAAUCAGCCAUAUUGGCGGCACUAAAUGUAAACAGUGCCACUGAACCAAACAAAACUCGCAUAUUUUGCUGAUUAUUACUGCUGAAAAUGGUCAAUUAUUGACGCGUCGUGAAAACACUAUACAUAAGUAAAAUUAGGAUUAAACCAAAUUGCAUGGACAAAUGUGUAAAAAGUAGGGCUAGCCUAUAUACAAAUAUGUUUUGGAAUGUACUAAUCGGUCGGAUGGGGGAAAAAUUGGAGUACUAUAGACUGCUAAAAGUUAUAACAAAUCAAGGAGAAGAGUGCAAAAAACUGUCUGAGGAAAAAAAGGUGUGUGUGGUUGGCCAAACUGAACCAGGAUUUCCAGGGCAAGAAUCUUGACAACAUUCAUGUUUGUGCUUAUUUCCGCUCAGGUAGGUGAAAUAUUAGGCUAAUAAUCUUAAUUAAUACUGCUCUUAUGUAUCUUUACAAACUAUUAACUUUAGUUUGUCAAAAUAUUGCACCCCUUCUUGCUUACUAAGUCCUCCUCUAUAUGAUUUUCAGCUUCCACAUGGUUUUUGCGUGAUUUAGACAGCAUAAAUUGCUGAACAACAUAUUUAGUAGUACAUUACUCGUGUAAUCCAUGCUGUUGUUUACAUCCGUGUAUCGCCAAUAUGGCCGCGCAUCCGGGUAACUGACCAAAUCGUGAUGUAAGUGCAAACCAGUGAUUGCGCUGGCGCCUCCAUGUCCUGCAAAGCGCGCCUCAGCUUCCCCUCUCCACACAAAUGAUUGGAGAUGUGCCUAAUAGCACACAUUUAUAGGUUUAAAGAUUAUAACAUUGUUUUAUAGUUUAACUGUUUUAAAUCUAUUGAUUUUAUUUUAGGCAAGUCGUGAUGAUUUGAGAAGGCAAAAUUGAUCGAACAGACUAUGAUCAGUCCUCCGCUGGCCGCUUGGUCGUUACUUUAAAAAAAAAAAAAACUUGCAUUUAACAAACAAAAAAAAAAAUGAUUUAAACGUUUUUCUAAAUUAACUUAAUAAAAAACGAAAAGAAAAUUUAAUCACGUUGCCAUUACAUAAAAACUGAACCAUUUUAAUAGCUGAAACAGUAGUAUAAGCUAUUUUGUGAGAAGAGGGGGAAAAAGACAGGCUCGGAAAAGCUGUCGGAGAAGGGCCGCACUGUUCAAGCAGGUGCGCGCUGCGCGUAUCACGCUGAAACCAUUAACGCGCGCAUUUGCUAAAAUUAAUUCUGCCUUGCUGUCCCUGAACAGUUAUUUGUUUUUAAACCACAAUGCUUGUCCACUGUUUCCACAACUUCCACUCCAUCAUCAGCUUGGCUACUAAAAUAACUUAGCUGGGGAUUUGACUAACUAACUCAGCCAGUUGUCAGUUGCAGCACUCAUUAUCCCCCUAAACCAGACCUGGGCAAACUCGGUCCUGGAGGACCGGUGUCCCUGCAGAGUUUAGCUCAAACCCUGAUAAAAGUCACCUGUUUGUAACUUUCUAGUAAACCUGAAGACACUGAUUAGCUUGUUCAGGUGUAUUUAAUCAGGGUUGGAGCUAAACUCUACUGGGACACCGGCUCUCCAGGACUGAUUCUGCCCAGGCCUGAAGUUAAAAGUAUUUUAGAGUAAAGUCAUCAUUUUCAGCACACAACAUAAAUGUGAUUUUAAGAAAUCUGUGUAGAUAUUAAUGUUACUGAGCUUUCUGCUGCUGUGCCAGAUGUGAAUACUGAUGUAACUGUCUUAUUGUUGAUGGCCCACUUUAAAAGAAGCAGAGGAUUUGUUGUUCCUUUUAGCCAAUGUAAGUUUUUUUUUUUUUUUUUUUUUUUUUUUCCCAUUUGUGUAAUUGACAACUGAUAAUUUCUAAAACUGACACUUAGAAAAAGUGUGCGUGUGUGUGUGUGUGUGUGUGUGUGUGUGUGUGUGUGUGUGUGUGUGUGUGACAACAACAACAACAACAACAACAACAACAAUUGCAGCAGAUGCAAAGACCAGGCUUUCACUACUCUGAUCAUGCUUGGUAAGAUCUUUUAGUACAUGAUUUGGGAUGGUUUUUAAAAAUAAACCUUUUGUCACACUUUAUUCAUGGCUCUCU